AUGUAUAAUCGAUUUAAAUUUUUAUUGUAUCUUUUAGCUGUAGACUUCAAGAACCAACCUGUGUUUGUCCUGUUCCUCCACUUUUCAAUUAAUUCAGAAUAUGCAUCAGCUGCUGUACAUAGCAACGAGACUGAUAAAUUCGCAUUGCUCGAGUUUAAGUCCCAAAUGACUAAGAUCUUCGAGGAAUCUUGGCCUCAUGGAAUGGCUUCAUCUAUUUCUGUCUGCGGACUGGAGUCACAUGUGGCCAACUCACUCUAUGGUGACAUCCCACAAGAACUUGGUCAGUUACUCAGGCUUCAAAAUUUGAACUUGAGUCAUAACUUUUUGGGAGGGGAAAUUCUGGUUCCUCCUAAACUGGGGUCAUUGUUAUACCUUGAGAAACUUUAUCUUAAAAGCAACAAUCUCACAGGAAAUACCCCAGCUUCUAUUGGGAAUCUCACAUUUCUCCAAGAGCUAUAUCUAUCGUUUAACAAUUUAGAGGGUGAAGUUCCUGAUUCAAUAAGCCAACUGAGACAUUUGAGACUGAUUGGAUGGUUAGUAAAUAGUCUUUCUGGGGUGUUUCCUCCCUCACUUUACAAUCUGUCAUUGCUGCAACACAUAGCCUUGUCUUACAACAAUUUUAUUGUUUCAUUGUCCAAUGCUUCAUAUCUUCAAGAGCUUGACCUUCCCUAUAAUAAUUUCACCGGGGGUGUACCAAUGAACCUAGGAAGCCUACAAAACUUAUGGUGGUUCAAUGUUCGUGAUAAUUUGCUUGGAAGAGGUGGAUAUGAUCAUUACAAGGGUUUCAUAGCUUCUAUAACCAAUUGCAGCAUGUUACAAAUGAUUGAUAGCGGCCUCAACCAGUUUGGAGGUAUGUUGUCCUACUCGAUAACCAAUCUGUCAACCCAAUUGACAUGGCUAGAUUUUGGAGGAAACAUGAUCAGUGGUUCAAUUCCAACAGAGAUUGCAAAGCUCAUCAACUUGGAUACAUUGAUCAUGACUAACAAUUUUCUAACAGAUCACAUCCCAUAUUCCAUUGGAAAGCUUUCAAACUUGAUUUAUUUAGACUUAUCCAAAAAUCAAUUUUCCGGGAAUCUCCUCCCUCAUGUUGGAAACCUUACUACAAUUCUAGAUCUUUAUUUAUUUAAUAACAUUUUAGAAAGAACCAUACCUUCGAGUUUGGGCAAUUGUGUGAAACUCAUAUCCAUGGACAUUUCUCAAAACAAAUUCAUUGGCAUCAUACCAAACCAACUCCUAAGUCUUCCAUCCAUUUCAGUACUCGUUAACUUGUCUUAUAACUCCUUGAAUGGCUCCUUGCCAGCAGAAGUUGGAAACUCGACCCAACUCGCGAUAAAGGUCACGAAUAAACAUUUUCCCACAUCUUCUCUUGGGAAUUUCUACCAAAAGGUUUCUUAUGAAGAGAUCCUCAAAGCGACUAGUGGAUUUGCUUCACAGAAUUUAAUAGGUUCCGGUAAUUUUGAGACCGUCUAUAAAGGAACUCUUGGCUCAGGUGAUGCAGAUACGACAGUUGCAGUUAAGUUUAUGCCAAAUGGGAGCUUGGAGGAGUGGCUGCAUCUAAAAGGUGAACAUCACCGACGAAGAAGCCUAAAUCCGAGCAAUGUUCUUCUCGACAAUGAUAUGACUACCCGUGUGAGUGAUUUUGGUUUGGCAAGGGUCCUUUCAAAGUUCAACAAUGAGGCCAAUUUGAAUCAGUUUAGCUCAUUUGGGAUUAAAGGAACCAUUGGAUAUGCUGCUCCAGAAUAUGGAAUGGGCGGUAAUGUCUCGGUUGAAGGAGAUUUGUAUAGCUUUGGAAUUCUCUUGUUGGAAAUGUUCACUAGUAAAAGACCCACUAAUGAACCAUUCAAAGAUAAUUUUAACCUUCACAAUUUUGUCAAACACUUGUUGCCAGAUCAAGUAAUGGGGAUUGUGGACCAAUCUGCUCUGCAUAAAGCAGCGGUGGGAGAAGCUACAAAUAGUGCUUCAUGUUGGAAUGACAUAAAAAGUGAAGAGAUUGAGUGCUUGAUUUCUGUUUUUCAAAGUGAAGUUUCUGUUGGGUCAAUGAGAUACUAUAACCAGUUUGGAGGUAUGUUGCCCAACUCAAUUACCAAUCUGUCAACCCAAUUGACAAAGCUAGGCUUUGGAGGAAACAUGAUUAGUGGUUCAAUAAUUCCAACAGAGAUUGCGAACCUCGCUAACUUAGAUACACUGGAGCUUGGAGAAGAUGUGUACAGCUACGGAAUUCUCCUGUCGGAGCUUUUCACUGGAAGAAGACCUGCAGAUGAUUUAUUGAAAGACAAUCUAAACCCUUCACAACUUUGUCAAAAUGGCACUGCCCAAUCUGCCAUGUGCAAAGACAGCGAAAAAGAAGCAAGUGAUGUUGGGUAUUCAAUUGAUUUGAGAAGUGAACUGAGUGAGAGUGUUUGA